UAGCAGCUAUAUCCUCCAAGAAGACUUCGAGCCGCUGCCUCAGCCUCAGCCCCGGCGCUAAACCCUGCAAAAACCCCCCGGCACCUCCGCCCUGGACCGGCCGCUCGAUCCGUGACGUCGCCGGUCGCGUCCGCAAUCGCAAUGGGGCAGCUCGGAUCGCCGCUUCGAACGCCGGUAUCGGUCCCGAGACGAUGCUCGUGAGACAGAUUCCGGGUCACAUGGCUUGGGCUUCUCUCGUCGCCAAGCACCGGCGGACCGGAAUACCAGUCGGGUAUUUCAGUUUCGGGGCGGGCGCGAAAAGGGUUGCCGGAGAAACGCGAGGAGCUUCGCCCCACAAUGCCGGAGGAGCGAAAAGUCUCGGGCUUGUGCCUUCUGGUAGAGGGGGCCUCGGAGUUCCUGCGCGUGCAGGGUUUGCUUUGGAUUCGCCUGCCAGGGCAAGAAACAUGUGCAAUGUUGAAGCUGUUAAAAAAUCAUUAUACACAACUCAGGCCUCUCCUGAUGACGAAGAAGUGGUGGACCACUUCUUGUGUACAGUUCUUGCAGAUAUAGAAAAUAACCCUGCGUCGAGCUGGGAAGCCUGUUUUACUUACAUUGAUAAACUGUGCAAAUCAGGAAAUUUCUCAUCUGCUCUGAGGUUGCUAAAAUGCUUGCACGAUAAGGGCAUCUUUCUGGGUCAGAAUGCCUAUAAUUCCCUACUCACUAUGGCUACAGAAGGAAAUGAGGUGGACUUUUCAUCUUACAUUUUUAAGCAUCUGUUGGUGUCUCGUGAAUCAUUAAGUUCAGCUGCUUAUUUAAGUAUUGCCAAGGUCUUUAAGCAAAGUGAGUGUUCCCAUCUUCUCAGAUUUGUCAAGGAUAUUUCAGAGCUGACUUCUCCAAAAAGCACACCAGUUCUGAAUAGAAUCAUAUACUCCUUUGCUGAAUGUGGGCAGAUUGACAAGGCGCUCUUGAUAUUUGAUCAACUCGAGAGCCUAACAUGUAAACGAGAUUUAAUUACUUACAACACUGUGUUGGAUGUCUUGGGUCGUGUUGGUCGUUUAAAUGAAAUGCUCCAUGAAUUUGCUGCUAUGAAAGAAGCCAGCAUUAUCCCUGAUGUUGUAACAUACAACACAUUAUUGAACAGUUUGCGGAAGGUUGGUCGACUAGAUAUGUGUUCAAGUAUCUGGAAGGAAAUGAAAGAUAGUGGUGUGCAACCAGAUUUGCUUACAUAUACCGCACUUAUUGAGUGUUUUGGCCGCUCGGGGAACGUUCAUCAGUCAUUGAGUCUCUUCCAUGAGAUGAAGUUGAAGCAGAUUCGCCCUUCUAUACACAUCUAUAGAUCGCUAAUCAGCCAUCUAAAGAAAAUGGGUAAAGUGGAAGUUGCAAUGGCCAUUUCCGAGGAAAUGAACUCAUCACUUUCAGAACUUGCUGGCCCAAAGGAUUUUAAACGAAACAAAAGAUAGUUAUAACAAACAAGUUCCUGGUUUCAAAUUGAAUCCGAAUAUCUGUUAUUAGUGACAUUUUAGGUGACAAGGCGAAAGUACUAUGGGGCAGGCAGCACUUCAUUUAUUCAAGUGAUAUGUAAUGGUAAAACCUACAAAGUUGAGCAAGUAAAAACUACAAUUGCUGAUGAUGCUGCUCUUCUAGAUGUGCAUCACUGACUCGAACUCUUCCUUCUGGGUGCAAGUGGAAGAAGCAAGAACUGAUCCAUAAUGUUGACUCGUCAGUCCAGUGGUGGCCCAAUCUGUUGGUGUCACCCUUUGGCAUUGUGGAAUAUUGCUGACUGAGAUUUAAUACGCCUGUGAGAUUGUGGGAGCUAAAAAUUGUUAUAGUCUGUUUGCAAAUGAAAGGAUCAACUGCAAAGCCGGCUUCAUAAUUUAAGAGGCGGGACGCCUGCCUUGUUCAGGUUGGUGGCAGGAGAUCUUUUGGGGCUUUCCUAUGAAGUUAUCUGUGCUAUCCAUGAUGGGGACCCGAUUACGGGACUUUCAACCAUGUUUUCCAUUUGCCAAACUCUGCCUACCUUCCUGAAUUAAGCACGGCAAAAUAAUCUGAAGGCGAAGUGAAGUGACAAAUGCUUAUGAUGAUUUAUGGUGUGCACAACCUUGUAGUUGGUGAAACAAUUCUCCCCUUCCCAAAAAGAUACGGCUGAACGGACGAUGAAACAAGUAAAGGAGCACACGUUAUCGUCUCUUGGUUGUCUUUUGAUUAAUUUUGACUGCAGUUGGAGAAGAUAAAUGGAUAACAAAGAAGCACCUUCUCUUUGCUUUGUUUUAGUUUCCUGUGUGCCAUGGUAGGUAGGGCCACUGCUUGUUUGUUGAGGAUCAACGAGAGUUUAGUCUUCUCCAGCAUUGGGAGUUAUGUUCCUUUUGCCAGAA